AUGCACAGCAUGGCCAUGUUUGGCCGGGAGUUCUGCUACGCGGUGGAGGCCGCCUUUGUCACCCCCGUGCUGCUCAGUGUGGGGCUCCCGAAAAACCUUUACAGCCUGGUGUGGCUUAUUAGCCCCCUUCUUGGAUUUGUGCUGCAGCCCGUGGUAGGCUCUGCCAGUGACCACUGCACGUCUGGCUGGGGCAAGCGGCGACCCUAUAUCCUGGCCCUUGGCAUCCUGAUGUUGGUGGGGAUGGCGCUGUACCUCAAUGGAGACACAGUGGUCUCAGCUUUGGUUGCUGACCAAGCCACCCAGAGAACAUGGGCUAUAGUGAUAACUAUGCUGGGAGUAGUGCUUUUUGAUUUCGCUGCAGACUUUAUCGAUGGUCCCAUCAAAGCCUACUUAUUUGAUGUUUGCUCUCACCAGGAUAAAGAGAAAGGGCUACAUUAUCAUGCACUCCUGACAGGUGCAGAGGCAGAUGACCCUGAAGUCCCUCCUGAAAGCUCUUCUAAGCAUGCCUUCCCACUACCGCUGUUUGUGUGUGAGCCACUUGAUGGGAUGGACAGCUUUCCUUUCCAACAUGCUCUUCUUCACUGA